ACCACGUUGCCGUCUCUCUCUACACCCUCGAUUUUUGAUUUAAUAUCGAGCGGAUAGCCAAAAGGGCAAAAAAGCAAGGAGACAAAAAAGGAAAAAAAAAACUAGGGUUAGGGUUUUAAUCUCAUGGCCGGCCCCGGAAUCCACCCGUACCACCACCAGCACUGGGCCCCGCCGCCGCCGAUUCCGCCUCCGAUCCCCGUCGAAAACCCUAAUCGUCCACCAACCGACGAGGUUCGUACAAUCUUUAUCUCUGGAUUGCCUGAAGACGUGAAGGAGAGAGAGCUUCAGAAUCUCUUGCGAUGGCUGCCUGGGUACGAAGCUUCGCAGGUGAACUUUAAAGGAGAGCAGCCCAUGGGAUUCGCGCUCUUUUCUACUGCUCAGCAGGCAAUGGCUGCUAAAACUGCAGUUCAGGAUUUGGUCUUUGAUGCCGAUAAGAAGUCGGUCCUGCACACUGAGAUGGCCAAGAAGAAUCUAUAUGUAAAGAGAGGUGUAGUAGCCGAUUCCAGCUCAUUUGACCCAAGUAAGCGUUUGCGAACUGGUGGUGACUAUACUCAUGCAGGGUAUCCGAGUCCUUCUCCUUACCCAACACCACCUCCACCGCCACCACCACAUGUCUGGGGAACCCCGGGGUACAUGGCUCCACCUACAUAUGAUCCGUACGGACCCUAUCCAGUUCCUCAAGUAGCUUUACCUCCUCCUGCUCCUUUGCCAGCUCCUAGCGGCUAUGCCCCAGUUCAGGUUGCAAAUACUCCGAAAUGCCAAAUACCCCUUAUGUGGUUUGAACCCCUAAUUUUCUCUUUGGUUUUGAAGAAUUCAAAAGACAAUCCGCCGUGCAAUACUCUUUUCAUUGGCAAUCUCGGUGAGAACACAAAUGAGGAAGAACUGAGAGGUCUCUUUAGCGUGCAACCUGGUUAUAAACAAAUGAAGGUUCUGCGCCAAGAGAGAAACACCGUGUGCUUUAUUGAGUUUGAUGAUGUAAACAGUGCUAUAGCUGUCCACCAAAAUGUGCAGGGUGCAGUUCUUCCUAGUUCUGGCCGUGGUGGCAUACGAAUACAAUUUUCGAAGAACCCAUUUGGGCAAAAGAAGAAUCAAGUUGGUGGUGCUGCGCCUGAAGCUAAUGGAAAGUCACAAACCUACUAGCAACAUCUUGAAGGGGUGUAAUUUUGCUUUUCAUGCAUCCUUGUGAAGAUUAAAGCAUAGAUGCAUGAUGGGAACCAUGCUGUUGCAUCCAACAUCAUCAUCCCAUGCUUGUUUGAAUGCACCUUCUGGUCAUGAUUGCCAUUACCAUCUUCCAUAAUGUGGAGUUACUUUGAACGUUAUAUAUAUAUAUAUAUGUGAUGUUAAUGUGCAUUGGCAUUAUGAAGCUGGUCAGAUAGUGUUUUGCAUUUAUGUCCAUAUGCAACUGAGGAGUUUGUGGCAUCAUGAUGGAUCACAUUUAGGACAUUUGCAUGUCAAGUGAUAUUAUGUAGAUACUUUGUUGAAAUAUUUUGUUGCAUUUGAAGUGUAUGUUUGAACUCA